AUGGAUCAGACGAUUGACAUCACUNUCCAGACGCGUAUCGAUCGUUGGGAUCUGUGGACACAAAAGUCGUUUAGGAUUCCACUCGUCGUGAUCAUAGAAGGAGACAUCACUUCGUUGUCGUUUCCGCGAGACUUGUCUAACUUUGCGGACGCGUCCACCCGAUCCACGGCUCUUGAAAAAUGCAAUCAUCCCAACGAUCGAUACGCGUCUGGAAGAAGUUGUCAGAAAAGGACUUUGUAUGUGAGCUUCAGGGAUCUGGGCUGGCAGGACUGGAUUAUAGCACCGGAUGGUUACGCGGCCUUCUUCUGCGACGGUGAGUGCAGUUUUCCGCUCAACGCACACAUGAAUGCCACCAAUCAUGCGAUCGUCCAAACGCUGGUACAUCUCAUGAACCCGUAUAACGUUCCUAAGCCGUGUUGCGCUCCGACCAAACUGUCCGCUAUUAUGGUCCUAUACUUUGACGACAACUCCAAUGUCAUACUCAAGAAGUACAAGAAUAUGGUCGUCAAGUCGUGCGGUUGUCAUUAAAAUGGGACACAUCUGUUGUCAUCGCAUGUCAUGUACAGUACCUGUACUACACAUUCCCAUUACAAUCCCAUUCCAAUCCACUUUCAUCUUCAUGUCAUUCCCAACGCGA